AUGGCCCUGAUGCGCCCUCCGUCCUUCCCUACCCUAUCGAGACAACCCGUCAAGCAAGCAUGGCACCCGGGCGUGAGUCGUCCCUCUGUUGACGACUUUUGCAAACCACUGACAAGCAUAAUUUUAGUAGCCACGUUUGCGGCGGCUGUGGCCGGUAGCCUCGCCACGGCAGCGUAUCUCGACGCCAAAUACCUGAUCAGACACGACCUCCGAGGCGGGACUCUGGCAGGGACCAAGGAUGCCAUCGCAUACAUCACUGAAAGGACCAAGCAGAACAAGUUGCUGGUAUACCACCUGAUCGAGGACCAUGCGCUAGGCAAGAACGCACACACCGUCUUCCUCAUCUUCGAGGACCGACAAUGGACAUACAAGCAGUUCUACGACGACCUGCAGCGCGUGGGCAACUGGCUGCUGAAAGAGCUAGACAUUCAACCUCAGGAGAUUGUGGGCCUGGACGGCGGCAACAGUCCUGAAUACCUACUCCUUUGGUUUGCAUUGGAGUCUAUCCGGGCCUGCCCAGCCUUUAUCAACUGCAACCUCACGGCUGCGCCUCUCAGCCACUCGGUCAAGCUUUGCGAUGCUCGGUAUCUCCUUGCCGACCGGGCGGUCGAGCCACUCGUGCAGCCAUGCGAAGCGGAGCUCUCUUUGGCAAACAUCAAAACAAUAUACUACGACGCGAACUUCAUUUCCUCACUCCCUGACAAGACACCCCUUCCCAGGUCUCGUCAGCAAGGCGCGAAACCCGACGACACGGCCGGCCUGAUCUACACGUCGGGCACGACGGGUCUGCCCAAGGGCGUAGUGAUGCGACGAGGGCGCGAACUCAACACGGCACGCAGCAUCGCCCAGUACCUCCGACUCACGCCCAAGAACCGAAUGUACACCUGCCUGCCCCUGUAUCAUGGUGCGGCGCACGGGCUAUGCACGACGCCGAGCAUCUUCGCGGGGUCCUGCAUCGUCUUGUCGCGGAAGUUCAGCCACAAGACGUUCUGGCCUGAAGUGCGGUCCUCGCGCGCAGACAUAGUCCAGUACGUCGGCGAACUAUGCCGGUAUCUGGUGAACGCGCCACCGUCACCGCUCGACCGGCAGCACGGCGUGAAAAAGGCAUGGGGCAACGGCAUGCGCCCCGACGUGUGGGAGGUGUUCCGCGAGCGCUUUGGUAUCGAGACCAUCAACGAGCUCUACGCGGCGACCGACGGCCUGGGCGCGUGUUUCAACGAGAACCGCGGCGAGUUUGGGCGCAACGCGCUCGCGAUCCGUGGGGCGCUGUGGCAGUACUGGAACAGGGCCAACGAGAAACGAGUCCUCGUGGACGUCGACUCAGGCGAGAUGGUGCGCGAUGCUCGCGGGUUCGCGGUCGAGGCCGGCGUCGACGAGCCAGGCGAGGUGCUGCACCGGAUCGACGCGGCAGCCACGGCGGCAUUCACGACGUACUACAAGAACGACGGGGCGUGGACCAAACGGCAGCUGCGUGAUGUCUUCGAAAAAGGCGACUGGUGGUUCCGCAGCGGCGACAUGAUGCGCCAGGACCCCGACGGCCGCGUGUACUUUGUCGACCGCCUCGGCGACACGUUCCGCUGGAAGAGCGAGAAUGUGUCGACCAACGAGGUCUCGGACGUGCUGGGCCGCUUCACCCAGAUCGCCGAGGCCAACGUCUACGGCGUCAUGGUCCCUCGCACCGACGGCCGCGCCGGCUGCGCCGCCAUCGUCCCCGUCCAGGGCGUCACCGCCGACACGCUCGACCUGGCCGCCCUGGCCGCGUACGCCGUCAAGGCGCUCCCGCGCUACGCCGUGCCCAUCUUCCUCCGCGUCGUCCCGCAGCUCGAGUACACGGGGACCAUGAAGCUGCAAAAGGGCAGGCUGCGCGCCGAGGGCGUCGACGUUGACAAGAUCCGCAAGUCUAGUCCCGACGAUCGACUGUUCUGGCUCCCGCCCGCCGCCGACAGGUACGUCGAGUACGGACACGAGGAGUGGGAGCAUCUCAAGGCUGGAAACGUGAGGUUGUGA